AUGGCCGCCGCGCUUGCCAUCCAGGCCGCCUCGACCGGCCCUGACCAUCGCUCCUUCCUCCGGCAGCACCACCAGAUGAGCUCUCCUGCCACUUCGCUCUCCCACUCGCCUGCCUCCUCCUCCUCCUCCUCGUCGUCGUCCGUCUCCUUCUCGACUGCGCCCACCCCCAACACCACGGCCGCCUCGCUGCUGCGCUCCGCCAGCAUAUCGUCUUCCUCCCGGGGCCCGCCUGGCCGCGAUGGGGUCAGCUGUGACGCCUGCCUGUUCCGGAAGAGCCGCUGCGCCAUGAACGAGCUGGUCAACAAGUGCUACUCGUGCGACUUCCACCGCCAGGACUGCACCUUCACCCUCGCCAACAGUGCCUUGUCGGCCUCCGGUGCCGCCUCGCCGCCGGCCAGGAAAAGAAAGCUGGACGAAUUGGUCGAGGCGGAAUCGAACAACAAGAGGCACUCAAUCGAUCUACAGUCCAGUGCCAAAGACAUGGUGCCGCCUCCGCCUGUCAGUGGUGGUACCUCGCUGGCGUCGCCUCGACUGUCCUUCCAAUCCAGCCAGCACAUCGGAUUGACGACAGAGAUCGAGCCCGUACUAUUCGAGCACAUCCCACUCGACACCAAUGAUGAAAGCUCGCUCUCUUCAACACACAAAAUCCGGCGCUUCGCCGAAGAUGGCACGUUCAUGCGAAUCAUGAACCCAAAUGCCAAAGAAACCCCAACCAUCUCACUAGAUGCCAUUGAAACGCUGGUCGCCCCGUACGGCUCGACGCUGGUCGAUAAGUUCUUCGAAAAGAUCCAUCCCGUCUUCCCCGUAUUGAUGGAAGACUCCUUCCGCCAAGCCUAUCGUACUCGUCGCGGCCUGUCUCCUCUGCUGCUGGCCGCUGUCUACACGCUCACGCUGAAAUAUCUCGAGUUUGAGCCCGCGGCCCGGUCAGCGCGAAAACCCGAAGUGAAGAGGAUGGAGGACACGGCCAUGAAACUACUCACCGAGUCUCUCCCGCACGCCGACAUUACCACCAUCCAGGCUGGCAUGCUCAUUAUGCAACGCUCCUCCCUCAACACAUCCUCGCUCAACGGCCAAAUAGUCACGGCCGCGUUUGAACUCGGUCUGCAUCAGGACUGCUUCAACUGGAAGAUCCCCCUCGCCGAGAGAGGGCUACGCAGGCGCAUGGCCUGGGCGUUGCACACGCAGGACAAGUGGUGUUCGCUUGUUCACGGGAGACCGUCACAUAUGUCGGCGGCAAACUGGACGGUGCGAGACUUGGUGGAUGAGGACUUUAUCGGGGCCUUUUCAACCAAGCCGCACGACGAAUCUGCUGGACAGAAAGACAGAGACCUAGGCCAUGGAGUCCGUCUAUUCUGCCAGCAUGUCUCAUUAACCGCCAUCUUGGCCGAGAUUUUAGACACUUUCUACACACUACGAGCCGCGGAGCAGUUUUCGGCUGCCGGUAACAACAAAACGCGGUACAUUCUCGAGAAAGCGAAGCCCGUACAGAUCCGCCUGAAGGACUGGUUUGCGCGUCUUCCGGCGAGCAUGAAAAUGGACUCGCCGUCGUCAGGCUCCGAGAUACUAUUCGACGAGGUGACCGAAGAGUCUGCCUCCAACGGCGCAUUGCACGUAGCAUACUUUGCCACUGAAAUCACACUCCACCGCUGCAUCAUCCGGUCAUUGAAUAACACCACCGCCGACAAUUAUCUCUCUCACAUUUGCCGCUCGGCUGCCAAAACACGCCUAAUCAGUGCCAUGGACUUUGUGAAUCGUCUCCGCCCUGCCCAUCUCCAGGCCUUUUGGCCGGGUUCUUCACGCACAAACUUUGCACUCAUCGGCUCUUUCGGUACGCUCCUACUAGCCACAGCGCCAACCAAAGAGGAAGCCGAAUUCUACCGCCAACGGCUCGCAGAAUACAGAUGGACGCUCAGUGUGAGCGUCAAGAAUGCACAAUUCUUAAAACACGCCAUCGAAUCUCUUGAUCUAUCGACCAUGCUAGCACAAAAUGUGCCCGAGAAGCCGGGUAUAGAAGAGUUGAUGGCUGGUGUUGUUGCUGCUGCUGGCAAGAACAACCGUUCCCGACGUCGUCCUGACCCGUCUACUCCCAGAGCGGCUGGCGGUGGUGGUAAUGGCGGUGGUGCCAUAGACCUAACGCUUGACACCACAGGGUUGUUUACUGGCGAAGGGGCAACCUCGUCCGUAGUCAGCGGAUUAGCGUCUCCAGCUACGAGUCCUAGUAAUGUGGACGAGAUGAGCGAUGACGAUGGGAACGCUGGUGAAGAUUACUAA